AUAGAGAGAGAAUCUACUGCAGUGCUGCUCAGCUCAGUUCCCCAUGUGAAGCAAGCAAAUCGUUUGGUGGAAAGCAUGUAUCACUGACCUCAUCUCCUCUCCAUCUUUUCUCUUUCCCCUGCAUGUGACCCCCCCAUCUCUCUCUCUCUCUCUCUAGAUGAUGUUUCUUCUCACCCCAUAAAAUGGUUCCAAUCCCCACACCUUCCACACUCACUCCUCUCUGCACUUCCCAGAGAACACCAUGAGUGCACGCUUUGAAGCUCUUCAUUCAAACUUUCUGUAGGAUACAGAAUGCUAAUCCAACCAGCUUUCAAGCUUGGCUUCUGGACUCUUCUUGUAUUUUCCUAUCUCCAAUAUGGGUGGGCUGCAAAAUGUGGUGCCAAUAGUCCUUCAGUGAGACAGACUCAGGUGGGAUUUGGAGAUCCUCCAAAAUUCAUGGUGGAAAUCCAGAACAACUGCCCCAUGUGUCCUGCCAUUGAUAUUCACGUGAAGUGUGGAAGCUUUUCUCAGACUCUGGUCGACCCCAGUCUAUUCAAGGUACUGGGUUACAAUGACUGUGUUGUUAAUGGCGGGUUGCCACUGGCUCCUCUGCAGAAAAUCUCCUUCAAUUACUCCCACCAGAAGUUUCUCAUGUCACUUAGUACCUGGUACUUCCAGUGUGAGUGAAUGUGUACAUCAGCCCUCUGGCAGUACAGUUAAAGAUAUUUUGUUUUAUAUCAUCUGGUGUUUGUUCUUAAUUACAGUAGAUGAUGAUGAUCUCCUGUAAUAACUUAUUAAUUUUGUAAACACAUCCAUUGAGUGAAUUGUCAGAAGCACAAAUACCAUCAACUAUUACUAUGUGAACACUAGUGCUUUAUUUUGAUUCUUCACUUAAAAAAAAAAGGUUUGUUUCAAGAAUAAGAAGCUUAACAUUACUUUU